AUGGCAGCAGCAUUUGAGUUCAACGUGUUUCUAUUACUCUCUCUUUUAUCCAUUCAUAACAUUACUCAUAUAGAUGAUGUUAAAACUCUUCAUCUUCAUGAUUUCUCUGAUUUCAAUCGAAGCAGUUUCCCACAAGAUUUUGUUUUUGGAACAUCCUCUUCUGCAUUCCAGUGUGAAGGUGCAGCAAAGGAAGAUGGAAAAGGACCUAGUAUAUGGGACACAUUCACCCAUACAAACCCAGAAAAAAUAAGAGAUGGAAGUAAUGGAGAUGUAGCUAUAGACUCCUAUCAUCGAUACAAGGAAGAUAUUGGAAUCAUGAAGGAUAUGAAUAUGGAUGCUUAUAGAUUUUCCAUUUCUUGGUCUAGAGUGCUACCAAAAGGAAAGGUUAGUGGAGGCGUAAACCAUGAGGGAAUAAACUAUUACAACAAUCUCAUCAAUGAACUAUUGGCCAACGGUUUGCAACCAUACGUGACCAUUUUUCAUUGGGACGUUCCUCAAGCCUUAGAGGAUGAGUAUGGAAGCUUCUUAAGCCCUCGCAUUGUAGAUGAUUUUAGGGACUAUGCUCAACUUUGCUUCGAGGAAUUCGGUGAUAGAGUGAAAUAUUGGAUUACUUUGAAUGAGCCAUGGAGUGUGAGCAUGAAAGCUUAUGCUAUUGGAAUAUUUGCACCGGGUCGAUGUUCAGAUUGGUUAAACCUGAAUUGCUUAGGAGGUGAUUCGGGUACCGAACCGUAUUUGGUUGCACAUUACCAGCUUCUUGCUCAUGCUGCUGCUGUAAAACUCUACAAGACCAAAUAUCAGGAAUCUCAAAAUGGUUUAAUAGGGAUUACUUUACUCUCUCACUGGUUUGAGCCAGUGACUAAAGAGAAAUCGGACUGCGACGCUGCACAACGUGCCCUUGACUUCAUGUUUGGAUGGUAUAUGGAUCCAAUUACAAAAGGAAACUAUCCAAAAAGCAUGCAAACUUUGGUGGGAAAUCGGCUACCAAAGUUCUCCGAAGAAGAAUCAGAGAACCUUAAGGGAUCCUUUGAUUUUCUCGGCCUAAACUAUUACUCAUCCUCUUACGCUGCCGAUACACCUCGUUUACGCAAAGCCAGACCCGACAUACAAACUGAUUCUCUUGUUAAUAUUACAUUUGAACAUGAUGGCAAGCCCCUUGGUUCAAUGGCUGCUUCCAACUGGUUAUGCAUUUAUCCGAAAGGACUUCGAAAACUGUUGCUUUACAUCAAAAAUAAGUACAACAAUCCUGUUAUUUACAUUACUGAAAAUGGUCGUGAUGAGUUCAACGAUCCAACAUUAUCACUUGAAGAAUCUCUUAUAGAUACUUACAGAAUUGAUUACUAUUAUCGUCAUCUUUAUUAUCUUCAAACGGCAAUCAGGGAUGGUGUGAAUGUAAAAGGAUAUUUUGCAUGGUCUUUGUUAGAUAACAUGGAAUGGGAAUCGGGCUUGAGUUUGCGAUUUGGACUUGUUUUUGUGGAUUUUAAAGACGAUUUGAAAAGACACUCGAAACUCUCGGCGAAUUGGUUCAAGAGUUUCCUCAAGAAAUCUUGGAAGGAAAGUGACAUGAAGAGCUACCAAUAA